CAUCGACUGUACUUUUUUCCAUAGAUGCUGCCUGGCCUGCUGAGUUCCACCAGCAUUUUGUCUGUGUUGCCCGGAUUUCCAGUACCUGCAGAAUCUGUCUUGUUUGUGAUUUGAAAACAACACAGAAACAAGCCUUCAACCCAAUUCAUCCAUGCUAACUGAAAUACCUGUCUAUGAUAAUUGUGUUUUCUUGCAUUUUGACUACAUUCCCCUAUUCCUUUGCUAUCCAUGCAUACAUACUUUGAUAAUAAAUGUUUUGAACUUUGAACUUUAGUUUCCACUGUUGCUAUAUACUGGCGAUCCUUUCCCUUGUCUCUCAAUCUCUACCCAAAACAGCAUCUUAUACCUUUUGUCCUUGCAAAUGCUGCCUGGCCUGCUGAGUUCUUCCAGUGUUCCAUAUUCUAGCAUCUGAUAUCUCUUUUCUGUUCAUACCAAUGGGAAAUGGGGUUAGGGCGGGUAGAUCUUGUGGUCUUCACCCAUCACCUCUCAGCCUCUGUCUCUAACUCCAGUCUUCCCUCCCCCACCUUUCUCCAUCUGCCCGAACUUGUCUCACAAUCUGCCUCAUUAUGAUUCUGUCUGCCUGCACUGCUCUGUCUCUCCGCAACUGUAUCACUUCAUCCUGCACUGUUUACCUUAAACUUUUCCCUUAAACUGCCUCAAUGCAAGGAAAAUCAACGCAUUGGGGUUACGAAAUGAUCUGUAUGGAUGGCAUGCAAAGUACAGGUAACAAUAUUAAACUAAUUUACUCAAAUCCACCCAUCACUUGCCAGCUCUUGCCCCAGCCUCCCUCUCACCUCUCUACAGGCUGCUCCCCUCUAAUCUUCUGGCCCAGGAUAAGGGUCCUGACCAAAAAAGCUAUUUCCCUCCAUGGACCCUGUUAGAUCUGCCAAGUUCCUGCAGCAUUUUGUUUGUGCUCCAGAUUCCAGUGUUACAGCCUCUUGUGUCUCCCUUAUGACUCGAGGUAAUUGGCUGCAGACCCAGCUGGCAAUGAGAAUAUAUGUGGAAUUGUGACAGGUUUGUGUUUGUCUGAGGAUAGACGGGUCAGAAUGUGAAAAGACUGGAUGUGUGAAUACAAAGUGUUCAUGAGUUUUGUUUUGUGUAGUGGGAGGUGGCAGUGGUCCCCUUGAGCAAGAGUGUGAGAAGCUGAGCCUCCCAGCCUGCCUCAGCCCCUGUCUCCUGCUCAGUCUCACUUCAUGCGCCAUGUCUCUUUAAAGGCAAGUUUCAGGAACACAGGAAGGGAUGAAAAUAUAACGGCAACCCCUUUAAUGGGCGGUAACAUCCAGCAUUGACUCUGAACCCUGAUCGUUUCUCUGCCUCUGGAGAUGGGAACUUGGCUUUGCCUAGAGACAAGCAAUAAUUCCUACUUUUAGUAAUUUAAUGUAUUAUAAUAAAUUAUUAAUAUGUUGACGUUUUCUUGCGGAGGCGGCUUUCUUUGAAGUUGGUGGGAUGUCUUUGCUUAACUCACAAUAUUUGAAAUAAGCGGUAGUUACAGAAAGGACACGUCCUUCGUGCCAGGGCCGUGGGAUUAAUACAGAGAAACAGGGUGGGGAAGAGUCCGCGCGCAGCGCAGCAAGGACUGAGAUCGCGACCCGGCGCCGGACAGCAGAAACUCGCGUCGCAGGUUGUAUUUUCCCUACUCAAUGCCGUCCUGCUAAAUAUACCUGAGCAGCAAUUGCAAGCCCGGCUGCCAGUACCAUAGUGCGCAACGUCUGGCGACUGCAAGGAACCAGAAAACUGAGAGCAGCAACUGGAAGCGGCAUUAAAGAUCCAGGGAGGUACUAACUGAACGUUAUGGACGUGUGAAGAGAGAACAGAAACGAAUUGGGAAAGUCAAGGAUGAUAGAGGAAACGGUGAAGGAGAUGCCGGGGCUACCGGUCCUUCCCAGCAUUCCGGAUAAAGGAUCUGACUGUCCGCCCCCCGCGGCUGAUCAGCUCCUGGGCCGCCAGGGCCAGCUGACGGCAGCCACCGGUGGGGCCGAACUGUCCUGCUCCAGGUGCACUGUGCCCUUUGGCCUGGUCAUUCUCAUUACUGGCGUGGUGGUUACUGCUGUCGCCUACAGUUUCAACUCGCAUGGUUCAGUCAUCUCGGUGUUUGGGCUUGUCCUGCUGGCACUGGGAUUCCUCCUGGUGAUGUCCAGUGCAGUGUGCUGGAGAGCGAGACAGUGCAGAAAGCGAGCCAGGAGGAGAGAAAGUCAGACUGCACUAAUGACCAGCAGAGAAAUGAUCAUCUAGGAAACAUUCUCCCUCCAUUCAAUAAGUCCAAGCCACUUUACCUGGGUCCUAAAGCCACUGGUGGAAAUUUGAACUCACGAAAGUUCGCGAUGACAAUACUACAUGGAUUGUUCAACGCCGGGUUUAACAAUACCUCUCAACUUCGAUCCUGCUCAAGAAUUCGUGAAACAAAAAGAAAUUCUCCAUUAUCUCUUCAUCAAUUAAGGCCUCAAGUUAAGGUCUUGAAUUGGGGAAAAGCUAAUUUCAAUCGCAUAAAUGUGGACUUGGUAAACAAACAAAUUUCACGACAUAUCCCUGUGAUAUUAAACCUUAUUGUGAUUGUGAGGCAAAAUGGAGCUAUUCUCAGAACCGAGGAUUCAAAGGAACCGAGCAAUUAAUUACUCGCGUCUAACUGUGUGAGUGCCAGCGAGAACUGGACAGCAGCCAGUGUCGAACUGGAGCUCCUACUGUGUAAAUUUGUACUAAUUUAUUGGCACCUCUAUUCUCGCACACGGCGGACUCUGUCGCAGUUACCCGGGAUGCACCUUGUCAAAAAUGUUUAAACACGUAAACGUUCUUCUACCUCCUA